GAUAUUGAGAAGGCUUUGGAUGGGUUUACUCGUGCAGUUCAACUUGAUCCUGAAAAUGGGGAAGCUUGGAAUAACAUUGCUUGCUUGCAUAUGAUCAAGAAAAGGAGUAAAGAAUCCUUCAUUGCCUUUAAAGAAGCCCUGAAGUUCAAGCGAAAUAGCUGGCAACUCUGGGAGAACUACAGCCAUGUAGCAGUUGAUGUGGGUAAUAUCAGUCAGGCUUUGGAAGGGGAACAAAUGGUUUUGGACAUUAGCAAUAACAAAAGAGUGGAUACAGAAUUAUUGGAGAGAAUUAUGGGAGAGGUGGAAAGAAGGGUUUCAGUAAGUCAUUCCGUUUCUCCUGUGACACCUAAUAAUCAGCAUAAUGGACAUCGAGAUGAUUCUGAAUCAGAGAUUUACGAGCAAGGAUCUGAUGUAUCUACUGAAGGAAGAUCACGGGAAACUGAGCAAUUAGUGUUGCUACUUGGAAAGGUUUUACAGCAGAUAGUCAAAAGUGGGAGUGGAUCAACAGCUGAUGUCUGGGGCUUAUAUGCUCGCUGGCACAGAAUUAAAGGAGAUCUUUUAAUGUGUUCUGAAGCGCUCUUAAGGCAAGUCAGAUCACUACAGGGAUCUGACACAUGGAAAGACAGAAAUCGUUUUGAGAAGUUAGCUAAUGCAUCUUUGGAACUUUGCAAGUUGUACAUGGAAAUCUCCUCAUCUACAAACAGCCGUAAAGAAUUGUUUACGGCUGAGAUGCACCUAAAGAACAUCAUUAAACAGGCACAGAGGUUCUCUGACACAGAAGAGUUUAGGGAUCUUCAGGCUUGCUAUGACGAAGUAAAAAUCAAACUCCAAUCGUUCAAUGCCUAAUUACUACCACUCUCAGAUGCAGAGCUUCUCUGGUACACGAGUUCAGGUGUCUCCAGGCUUGCCAUGAAAUGAAAAUCAAACUGCUAUCAUAGAAAUGGCGAGCUAAAAUCUUAUCGAAGGCAUUGUUGAGUCCGAAAUACGAAGUUCUAAUGUCGAGCUUUCUGUUAUCGCUGAAGUUCGUUCCACUGAAUCUGCAAGGGUAUAUUGAAAACGGAUGCGCGCGAAGGUCCGUCAACAGAGGUCAAAGGCUUAGUUUCAGCCGGAAGAGGCGGCAGGGAUAUGACUGGAAUUAUGAGAAUCUGCGGCUUUGUAUGGAUGGUUAU